CCUCUCACUCCCAGGUCUUUAUAUCUAAAUAGCAUUGUCAAUGGCUAAUGUAUCUGCAGACAUAAGGUUGAAUUAGCAUUUCCUUUAGCCUUUAGGCAACUGCAUUCAAUUUUAUUUCAUGUAAUUCCUGUAGCUGUCAUCUUUUUCAACCUAUCUACAGCAAGUCUGCUGCCUUGUUGGGAGGCUAGACCUCCUCUUUAAAUGAUGUACAGUGAAUGGUCGUCAGAUAUCAUGCCCCAGCAGGGGUGGCUGGGUGAUGAGGCUGCCAUCAGUGCUUUCAAGACAGUCCUACCAUGGAAAGUGAGCCGAGAUUUUGUUGCUGGAACUGCCAAGCAUCUAGCAGGCGGCUUGAGUGGCCUCAGCAAGCCUGGCUCAGCAGCCACAACAAACCUUCACCCCAGUGCCAUCACACAUGACAAGCAACUCAACAUUAUUAUGCCGGCCUUGGGUUAUGGCUUGAGCUUCCCCCUGUCGGAGCUGGAUGUUCUGCGUGACUGUGUGUCAGUUUACUGUGACUGGCUCACAGCUUUCCUGCCCAACCCUAAAGCCUGCGUGCCACAGCCUAUCAUUGAUGAUCCUAACCACUAUGCUGCCAUCAUCAUCAGCCACUUCUACUAUGUCUUCGUGCCUAGGGGUGGUGAAGGAGCGGAAGUGAACAAGCAAGCAGUGCUGUGUCAUCGCGUGCUGCGCAUGCUGCAGACUGUAGCGCAGAGCAGCACGAGCAUGUCAGAGGAGACGUGGCACACGCUGCUGCUCUUCCUCCUGCACAUCAACUCUGCGCUUCUCGCCCCUCCUUCCACAAAAGCCCGAGACGACGCUGGAGAGCAGCUAUGCGAGCGCGUGCUGAGCGUGCUGUUCGAGACGUGGCUGCUGGCGUGUGAUAAAUGCUUCCCGCCGCCCCCACUCUGGACUGCGCUCAGGCAGGGGUGCACGGAGUGGAGGCACAGGCGGGGGCUGGUGCAGCAGUGGGGGCGCGUGUGUUCAGCCCUCACUGCCAAGCUCCUGCUCUUCAUGUAUGGUCCUCACUACACACACAGGCUCGCCGGCGGUGACGAACUGAACGUCAUUCCUGCCACGAUGACCAACGACUGCGUCGCGCAGGUCUGGUUCCGCCUGCUGCACGUGCUGGGCAACCCGGUGGAGCUGAGCAAGCACCAGGUGAUCAGCAAGACUCCCGCGUUCCUGAAGUUCGCCAUAUCUUCUGAGGCGGUGGUGGAGCCCUGCCAGCAUCCCUGCCUCAACGCCCUGCCUCAAAUAUUCCUGGCCGCCAUCAAAGUCAUCGCCUCGCUCGCUGAUGCCUUCAUUGGUGGAGAAGAGGACGGCAGCCGAGGCGCGGUAGCAGGCAAGGCUAAGGUUAACAGCGUCCUGCACCUGUUCGGUCCGUGGCUCUUCGAGGCCGCGCUCAUCGGCACGGAUCUGUCGCCCUCCCCUGCACCGCACACCAAGUCUGAGACAGCGAGUAGCGUGAGUGGCGUGCUGAGUGCAGGCGGCCCUACGAGCACUGCAGGGGCGGGAGGCAGGCGCCCUACGUCCGUCUACAGCCUGGGGGGCGACCACCGCAAGAGCGUCGUCGAGACCUCCACCUUCCAUACAGCGGCGCCUGGCGAGCGACUGGCCGUGCUCACGCCUGCUGACUUCGAGGCGGGCCGAGCUGAAGCUCUCGCCGCCCUUUGUCGCAUCGUGAGCAGCGUGACGACCGGCGAGGAGGUGCUGCCCGUGUACUUGUCGCGCUUCUUCAUCGCGGUGCGCGAAGGCCUGCGCUCCCCGCUGCCCCCGCCCCACAAACGUCCCCCCACUGCUAAUAAGGCCGUGCCCUGCAGUGAGAGCGCCGCUGCAAUAUUACUGCACGGCUGCGACUUGUUCCGCGUGGACCUGGAGGGAGCCAUCACGCUCGUGCCCGCCCUCCUGCCUGUGCUCACCGCCGUCCUUGUCGACCGCACUGCGCGCCCUGACAAGAAACAUUCCGAGGCCGGAUCGAGCACUACAAGUUCCAGCAUCUCAUCAGAGGCUGGCAACGAUCAGUACUUGGCGCUCAGACGCGCCGCUACUAAUAUGCUCCUGUCAAUCCUGCCUUUACCUUUACAUUUCCAGGAGUUGACCAUCAAGGAGGUGGGUGUGGCAGGCGAGCGCCACAAGCUGUCACAGUUCCGGCCUCAGCUCCUGAACCUGCUGUCCACGGCCCUGCAGAGCGAGACCCAGCCCAGCACCAUCCACACGCUGCUCGGUGGGCUGAUGUUUUGCGUGCAGGACGCAAGUCUGUGGGAAGCUAUGGACUCUGUGUCUCAACACAACUACUCGCUCUCUGAGGGCAGAGACACGCACACGCCACUCGGGGGUGAAUCAGUGUCGUCGCUGUGUGGGGUGACAGUUGGGGAGCUAAGCAUCCCCACUGAGGAUGCGUCAGGACGCUCAGAAAGUUCCUCCCUACCACCUUCUGGUCCGCCCUCCUCGACUCUUCUGCCUCCCGUCAGUCAGUUGGUCGUCAGCCCCAGCGACUGCGGGUCUACGCUGGUGCUGCGGUCCAUAUAUCUGGUGUGCCACAACCUGAUCCUUUCCUGGCGCACCGACGUCAACGUGUCACUAGCGGGGCUAGAGCUCCUCGCGGGGCUGGCGAGGCUUCACCCCCCGCAUCAGGACUGGCUGGAGAGCAAGCGGGCGGUCAAGUGGCUGUGCGACUACAUCGUCUAUCAGUGCAGCCGGCCUCCUCCCGCACACUCUAAGGACCUGCACUCGACGAUCGUAGCGGCGUUCCAGACGUGCAGCGUGUGGCUGCUGUCGCACCCGUCGCUGCUGCUGGACCAGGACUGCCUGGCGACGCUCCUCGAGGUUAUCGAACUGGGCAUCUCGGGCGCUAAGUCACAGAACAAAGGCCAGGUGAUUCUCAAGCACGAGAAAACCCUGAAGCCUGCCAGCCUGAGAGUGCGCGACGCUGCGGAGGCCUUGCUAUCUUGUGUCCUCUCCCAGGUGGGGCGACUGCCGGCGUCGUGCGGCGUAGAGUUGGUGUCGUCACAGCUGGACGAGUGCACGCUACUGCAACACUGCAACGUCUCCACUCUACACGACCCUGUCACUCUACUCACUGCCACGCAGCACUUCAGAUAUUACGUGUCCCAGAACAGCACCCUGCUUGCCCUGCUGGAACAGCCUUUGGGCAACCAUCAAGACCCGCAGCCGAGCGUGACCGCAAUAAUACGAGGCCCGUUUGGUCGUAGCGUGUGGAGCCUGCAGCUGCGACAUCUGCCUCGCCAUCGCUCAGCGCUGUCCCACCACACCAACAACCCUGGCCGCCCGCUGCCUCUUAAUGAGUGCGGCGUCCGGCACAACGUCAGGCCGCAGUUCUUCCCGGACUCCGUAGACAGGAUACCGCAGUGCAAGGCAGACAAGUCCAUCCCUUCGCUCGAGAGCGUCAUCCACGCAACCGAAAAAUCAUCAGAUGACCACGACAAACUUCUACAAAUUCUCGAACAUCAAAUAGCAUUUGAAGAACAACUCGAAAAGAAGGCAGCCGCGAGGGAGAGCGAGGGUGAGGAAGAAUGCAGCGCUCCGCCUGUGUGUCAGGAGUUCCAGACGGCGCGUCUGCUGCUCACGCACCUCGGCCUGCUCUCUGUUGAUAGUCUUCAAUGUGUUGGUGAAGGCACCGUGCCAGACCUGGUCGAGCUGGACUCUACCCAGACGGGCUUCGUGAAGGACCUGGAGGCGCUGGACGCCACUAACAACCGAAGUGUAGAUACCGUGCACGUCUUCUACGUCGCCGCCGGCCAGACGUCGCCACACCAAAUACUCGGCAACGUCGUAUCGGCGAGCAGCGUCAGUAGCCACUUCCUAGAGCUGCUAGGAGGGCUUGGCUGGCCGGUGUCUGUAGCGUCCCAUGCAGGCUGGUCAGGGCGCUCCAAGGCGGUCCAGCAUCUCUACUCCCAGCAGCACUCAUUGCUGGUGCCUGCGCCUCACAUCACCGCGCCCGUGUCAGCAAGCGACGGCGUGUCGCUGGAGGGCGACAGCGCGAGUGCAGGCAGUGACAGCCUCGGCGCCGCGGCCGGGGACGGUGACGCUACGUCGUCCUUCUCGUCGCACACGUCACAGCUGUCGAGUCGGCGGUUCGGCCGUCAGCACACAGCGGCGGCGGGACACGACCACAAGGUGCUCGUAGUUUGGCUCGAGAACUACAGCGACUGGACCAACUUCCCUACCACGGCGCUGCUGCCCGAGUGCGCGACGGGCCUCGAGUAUCCGGGCUGGCGGGACCGAGACCCGCCCCUCGUGUCGCUAAUCUUCCUCCAUCCCCUCGAGAACGGCCUCUUCCGCGUCAAGCUUCAGUCUUUCGGCAAUAAGUUGAUGGUGGCAGGCCCGCUGGUGUCAGGCCAGGUGGUAAGUCGUCGUGUGCUGGGCUCUCUGGUGCGCCAGACGGCGCUUAAUAUGGCGCGAAGGAGGCGACUUGAUUGUGACAGUCACCAGCCCCCGCACGUACGCCGGAAGCUACGCAUCCAAGAGAUGGUGCAGAAGUAUCGCUUUGACAUGACCGAGCCCGAGUUUUAUUCUCAUCUCUUCACCAGCCCGCUGUGUUAAGGCGCGGUGACCAGGUGCUCAAAUUACGACCCUGCAUUAUCCUACUCUCAAUUAAAUGCAGGAUCUCAGUUUUCUUGAGGUCAGAUUGUUGGGCAACCAGCAUUUCGGGCAAACUAGCCCGAUUAAGAUGCUCAGGCGUCGUAACUCCCGGAAAUGUUUAAUAACUAUUUUGCAUCGUUAAUUAUAAGAAACUCUUAAUAAUCCAAUUAUUUAUACUCUGUACAAAUUGCAAUAUCUGAUAAAAUUAUUAGCAUAUAUAAUAAUAAUAAUAUUUAUAUC